AUGGCGUCCUCCGGCCCCCGCAACGCUCUCUCCAAAACCACAGCCGCCGCCACGACGGCCGCGCGCACGACGGCCCACGCAGCGACGGGCACCGCGCACGCCGCGGCGCGCGCACUCGCCCUCGCGCCCACCGUCGCCCUCAACGCCGCCCUCUCGCCGUCGCUGACCGGCCUACUGCUGCUCGUCCUGACGACGCGCGGCGGGCCGUCUUUCGUCCGCGACGCCCGCGCGCGCCUCGAGCGCCUGCUCAGCGGGAGCGGCGGCAGUGGCGGCUUGCGGACGGCGGUGGAAGCUAGGCGCCGCUUGGACAGGGCGACGGACGUGCUGAAGGUGCUGUUCGCGGUCGGCCUCGCGCGGGUGCUGAAUGCGGUGUUGAAUCGGUGGGCGAUGCAGCAGUGGCGGUGGAAAAGGCCCGCGGUAGGGCUGGGUGGUGGCGCGGGGAGGGUGGCUGCGCGGGAGAAGAAUAGUCCCGGGUUGUUGUGGGACUUUGAUGGGAAGAGGGGGGUUGGGGAGGUGGUGGUCGUGACGGGUGGCUGUGGGGGGAUCGGGAAGGAGAUCGUGAUGGGGUUGGUGGAGGGGGAGAAGGGGGGUGGGCGCGGAGUGGAGGGCGUGAAGGUCGUGGUGCUGGAUGUGGUUGACUUGCCGCCGGAGCUUGAGGGCCGCGCUAAUGUCGUCUUUUACGGCUGCGACUUGACAUCGUCGUCGUCCAUCCAUGAGACAGCCGCCAUGGUCCGCGCUGAUUGCGGUAACCCGACUGUGCUCAUCAACAAUGCGGGUGUUGCUCAGCAGCACGCAAUCCUCGAGGGAAGCGAUGAGUACGACGAGCAGCUCUUCCGCGUGAAUGUGCUCAGUCACUUCACUCUCAUCCGGGAGUUCCUUCCGGGCAUGCUUGCCCAGAAGAAGGGCCACAUUUUCACUGUCGCCAGCUUGUCGAGCUUCUUCACCCCUUCCGGCAUCGUCAACUACGCUGCCAGCAAGGCCGCGGUCUUGUCUUUGCACGAAGGUCUCAACGUCGAGCUUCGUCACCGCUACGGCCCUGCCGGCAAGCACAUCAUCACAUCGAUUAUCCAUCCGACGUGGACCCAGACGCCCCUCAUGGACUCAUGGAUCGCCAGUCUGAAGAAGAGCCGCACCUUGAUCCGCGAGCCCGCCGAGGUUGCGAAAAAGAUCGUGCGCCAGGUGCUCCGCGCCGAACCGGCGCAGGUGUUUGUGCCGGAGAGCGGUGCCCUAUUUUCCAGCUUCAGGGGCUGGCCGACUUGGAUUCAGGAGUUACUUAGGGAUGGUGCUGAUAAGAAGACGCGGCCGCUUGGCGAUUACGACAAUUCGAAGGGGAAAGGCCGGGCCAGUGACGUCGGGUAUGGCGUUGGUGAGGAUAGAGAAGCGUUUGGAAAUUCGAGGAGCUAUGAUAUCGUGGAGGAGUAA